UCGCGGCGGCGGAGCGCAACCCGCGAGCUGAGGCGCCUCGACAAAAGAUGAAUCGGUAUCGGACGAAAAGUUACACAGACGAUGGGGGGAGAGGUCGCGGGGCGCCCUUUCUAGCCGGCGUGGCCCCACGGCGAGCGGAGCUGCGACACGUCGGCCGCGCGGUGUUCUCUUGAGAGACCCUCGUGGAAGCUGCUCACCAAAUCAAGCGGCGUCCGCGCCUGGUCCGCGAACUCCUCCCACAUGUACGCGUGGUGGUCGCGGACGAGGUCGAGCGGCUCGGCGACGACAUCGUCGAGGUACUGGCCGAUCAUCUCCGCUUGGUAUGAGCGGACGAGGUCGAGUGGCGCAUCAACGAGCAUGUCGGCUUUUACUGUCGUCGUGCGCGGUGCAUUGGCAGGGAGGACAAAGGCCCUCCCUGUCGCAAGGAGAGCUAGGGCUGCAAUUUGUCGCAUCGCUGCCUCCGCUUUGUCAACUGGUGUCGGCACAGCUCGCGAGUGCUUUAGAUUUGUCUGCUGCUUCGCUUGGGGCUGGAUCAAAGCCGCACCCAAGCUUGGGCACUACAAUUGCAAUGCUUUGCUAGUG